UCACACUCAGUUUCUAGUCUUCACCAGUAGACCGCGCGCGAAACCCGCUCAAUCAAAGCUAAGAUGCGCUCCCACCAAAGCUCUGAAGCUAAAGUGCGCUUUUUCUUGAUAUAUACUCUGUAUAUUUUUUAAUCCAGUGUCUGUUUCUUUGGGUUGCUUCCUUUCUACUAGUUUGUGUUUUCAAGUCACUGGCUUGUCAUGUCUCUGUUGAGUGUCUAGAAAUAUUUUUAGGUGAAGAGAAAAGAGAGAGAAAGAGAAAGAAAACAUCAAGAAAGCCAAGAGAAGUGGAGAUGGGGGAGGAAGAGCAGUAUCAGAAUGGGGUAUUGAGUGAUGGGUUAGGGGUGAAAGUGAUGACCGAUGAGCAAAUGGAGAUGCUGAGGAAACAGAUCUCUGUUUAUGCUACCAUCUGCGAGAGUCUUGUUCAGAUGCACAAGGCCAUAUCUGCUCAACAAGAUUCUACUGGUAUGCGGUUGGCCAAUCCUUACAAUGAUCCAUUUUCAUCAUAUGCUUUCCACAAGAUUCCUUCCAGGCAGAGGUGGGCUCCCAAACCAGCGCAGCUUGAAAUCCUGGAGAGUAUGUUUGAGCAAAGCAGUACAACUCCAGACAGGCAGAGAAUCAGAGAGAUUACCAUUCAACUUGCUGAGCAUGGCCCAAUUUCUGAAACAAAUGUCUAUAAUUGGUUCCAGAACAGGAGAGCUCGUUCAAAAAGAAAGCAAGCAGCUCUGCCACCAAUACCAAACCAUCAUGACUCAGCUAAAGACAAAAAGACCAAAUCUGAUGAAACCCAAGUGGAUGAAAAUUUAGCACUCAUGCUCAAUCACAUGUACUUCCAGAGUCCUGAUAUAGGAGGGAUUGACCAGUUGAUUGGCCAAACUGAAGUCCCAAUGAGCUAUAGUUCUUAUUUGCAGGUGGAGCAACAUGAUUUGAGUGGAUGAUGAUUGAUAAAGGUGGUAGGGAAAAUAGAUAUAUGACCAAAGAUUGACAUAUACUAAAAGAAUUUCAUAAAUAGAAGAGACAUAUUUAUUAUGUUGGUAGGCAUCUCAGGCCUAGGAUCUAUUGAUUGUGGCAUGUAAGAUCCUUCAUCUUGAUAAUCUAAUUCUAAUUAAACUCUAUUGCUUAGAA